UCGCGUGACAUUUUGUGCGCACGUAAAAAAUAGUAUUUAUCAUGCUCUGAAAUUGAAUGCAUACUAAAAUUGUAUAAAAAGUUCUAGCUUUUAUAAUGUUAUAAGUAUUAUUACUAAACAAUGUCUGCUUUUGUGAAAUUUGAACAUAUUUAUACGUGUUACGAAACAUAACCUAUACAUUUUACAUGAUAAAAACAUUCGUUUACUAAGAAAGGGGAAAAGAAACAAAAAAUAAAACGCCAAAAUGCCGAAUCAGAGGCCAAACCCGAUGAGGACACCAUUCUACCCAAACGAAUGUUUCAUCUGCAAAUCAACAAAAGACCUUCGCCGAUGCGGCCAGUGUCAAAUGAUUUCCUACUGUGGAGAGACCCACCAAAAGGAUCACUGGGAGGAACACAGGGCAGUCUGCAAAAUAAUAGCUGAUAUACUCAAACGCAAAAAAGUCUCCCACCUCUUUGAAAAUCUUCGCUAUGCCGAUCAAAAAGUAUGGAAAGAGGAGAGAGAAAAUGCUCGAAGACAGGUUCAACAUCGACUCCCGCGGCCUCUUCUUGAAUGGGAAUAUCAGAUGCUCCUCUUUCCUCGAGCCUGUAACGUUUGCCACGAAGCCAAACAGCAAAAUCUGAUCAACUGUCCCUCCUGUCCCUCCGCGACUUUCUGCGAAGAUCACAAAGACACCACGCGUCACAGCAUCAAUUGCUUUCAGCUAAAAACCACCCACGACCUGGAACUCGCUCUCGACGAGACGACAUUCAAAUCCGUGAUAGCCACCGCAAUUCUCGUCAUCGAUCGCACAUUCAUCACCUCGAAAAUCGAAGCUUUGCCAAAAUCGAUGAAGGAAUUGAUACUGCAUUGUCCCCAGCCUCCCGUGAAAACACCCGAGGAAUUGAAAAUCUACGCCUCCGAAUUGUUAACGAUCGCCUUGACUCUCUUUAACGCUCUCCAAAAGGCCAAAGUACCCGCAACUUCCAGACUCAUUGUCCACGUAGGCGGGGUCAAGUCGCAAAAGGACAAUCCGAAAUUCUGGGAGAUAGUUUUGCACCUUUUGCCGAAUCUGCAGUUUCUGAAAAUCGUGAUUGUCGAUGAUGAUCAGCACGCGAGAAUGGAAUCGCACCUCUGCGAGAACUGCAAGGCGAACAAUAAAGUGGUCCAGUUUGAAACGGUGCCUCUUUCUUACAAGGCGUAUUUAAAACACAAAACUUACGAGAAACCGAACAUGCUUGUAUUUUAUAAUGUGAAUCCGCCGGAGGAACGAGAAUUGCCGAAGGAAGUUUGGAAGUCGUCGCUUUUAGCCUGGGGUUCAGCCUCCUGUCCCCUCGUUUUGACGACCGUCACCGACGCAAAGUCCAAGGGAAUCAAUGAGAUUUUGAAGUCGACCUUUGCCAGGACUGUGAUUUAUUAUGACGGGGUUAAUGAAUUUGCGAGUUUGAAGCCGAAACGGGAAUGGGAACUGAACGGCAUCUAUCGGGAGAAUCAGUUCAUGAUUAUUUUAGAUGUGUUGAAUGAUAAGAAUGAUAAGAUUCCGGCACUUAAUGGUAAAAUUGAGAAGACAUCUCUUCAGAAUAAAGGGGAGAAGGUGGAUGGAAUUAAAAAUACAGCCGAGAGUGAAGCGAAUUCCGGGCAAAAGAAAGUGGGGAAAGUAGAGCCGAUUGAAAAUGUAAUUGAGGAAGCAGAAAUAAUGGGAGAUUCGGCGGAAAAGAGAGCAGAGAAUAUACAAAUCACGAUGGAGGAUCGCGCGUUGGAAGACUAUGAGGAUUGGAAUUAUUAUUAUUCGAAUUCUUGUCAGAUUUGUCAUCUGAAUUUGAAAAAUAUGACCUGCAGUCGUUGUAAAAUGGUGAUGUAUUGUGAAGAAGAGCAUCGCAAGGAACAUUGGCCGGAGCAUAAAGAUUUGUGUAAAGCAAUUUUGAGCACAUUGAGGGAAACUGGCGCGACAACUCUUUUUGAUAAAUUGAAAACGGAUGAUAUGGAGGCCUGGGCGAAAGCAAAAAUUGGCGUGAUGCUGAAAAUUCAGAAGAAAGUUGGAAGAAAACUUUUAGAUUAUGAGAAGCAAAUGUUUCUCUUUCCAAAAACAUGCUUUGUUUGUCACGAAAGUGAUUUAAGUGUUGUGAGAACUUGCCAUUGUGGGAUAACUCUCUGUAAACAGCACAAGAAAAGCCUAAAACACAAUAUUCUCUGUAAUGAUUUUCAACAAGCUGCCAUGCUUGCUCAUAUAAUGCUCCUAAUUAGGCCUCAUCCCUGUCCGAAUAUAAUAGUCGACAAUAUGACGAAAAUUUCCAUGAAAACUAUACCAGUCCAACGAAAAACUAAAAAAUUGCCGCCUUCAAUGAAGGAAUUUAUAACUUCCUACAUAAGAUUAUCUAAAGAAUUUAUCGGGGCAAGUGGAAAAUAUCGUGUUCAUGUCACUUCCGAAUUUUUUUCCCGGCCCCUAACUCUCCUUUACGCAAUUCAAAAACUAAAUUUGAUCUCUGCCGCACAUCUUAGCAUUCAUGUAAUCGGCAGCACUAACGAGGAAUUUCGAUUCGUCGAUUAUUGGGAAGUGAUUUUGCACUGGCUUCCAAAUUUAAAACAAAUAAAGGUGAAUUUUGUCGGACCGGAAAUUAAUUCACUCGCAGCAACCGGUAUUUUACCCUGUCAAUCUUGUGAGUCGAUGGGCAAACAAAUUUGCCUCGGUACCAAAGAUCCCACAAAAUACCAUGAGUAUUACGAGAGCGAUCGCUUUUCAAAACCGGAUAUCAUUAUCGGCUAUAAUCUCAAUUUGCACGAGAGCGAACUUGGAAUUUCGGAUUGUACCUGGAAAGAGACGAUUAGAACUUUAAAGAAACUGGAGGCUCCGUUUAUAUUGACGGCAGAAACCAAGGAACGAGCGCUCAAAGAUCACAAGAGAUUUUCCGAUCUUCUCGAAAAACCGGCCUCUUACGAGUGCUGCGAAGAAAAUCCUUUUGCGAGUUUAAUUAUUGAGCGGGAUUUUGAAACGGAAGAGCUCAAGUGCCCGAAUAAGUAUAUUAUUAUUUACAAAGAAUUGUAUGAGAAAUCGACGGAAUCUGAUGAAGUGAAGGUCACUUCUGUCGAGAAGACUUCGCCUCGACAGAAUCAGUGGAAAGUCAGGCAAAUCAAUGGCCAAUUGGAAAUUCAGCUCGUGGGUGGCGAGAAUGAUAAAAUUGGGAAGAAAAAAUCCGAGGCUUCAGUCGAUUCUUCCGAGAAUAAAUCAGUCGUUGAGAAGAAGGAAGAGAAUAAGGAAACGGGGACGAGUCUAGGGGCAAUUAAAGAAGGAAAUAAAUCGGUUCAAGUUUUUGAGUUUAAGGGAAAAUCGGGAAUUGAUACUCCCAAACCAGAAAAUGAGGGCAUUUUUGAAAAAGGUCGACAGAUGGCGGCUUUCCGAGGACUUCUCAAUCCCGAAGUAAAAAAAGAAUCUCCUCAGUCUUUGCAAGUUAAGGAGAAAGUGGAAAACGAGUCGAAAAAGAAACCAGGAAAUUCGAGAGCUAAAAUAAAUUUAGAAAGUGUGAGAUUAAAAGUGAAAUCGGACAAUUCGGAUAAAUCGGAUAAGUAUAUUACAGUUAAUGUGGAGUUGGAAUUAGAGCCGAAAAAGAAAGGGGGAAAUGAGUCGAAAAUUAAAUUGGGAAAUGCGGAAUCUAAAAGAGAAUUGGAAGAUGUUAAAGUUGAAGAGAAAAAACAUUUGGAGUCGAAAGUAGAAUUGAAAGUGAAAGCAGAAAACGAGCCUGAUAGAAAAUCGGAAAAUACGGAAUGUAAGAGAAAAUUAGAAAAUGUGGAGUCUAAAACAGAAGGGGAAAAUACAGAAUUUAAAGGGAAUUUAGAUACGGUUGAAAAUUCAAAGUCUGCUGAUGAAGGAAUGUUGAUAGAAAAUUUAUUGCUUGCGGAAAAAAAACUUAGGGAUGAGAAUGAAAAGCUUAAGAGAGACAAUGAUAAACUGAUGGAGGAAAAUGUGAAAUUGAAGCAGGAAAAUGGACAACUCAGGACGGAAAAUCAAUUAAUUAAGGAUCUUCGGAGCCAAGUGCAAGAAAGCAUUCGAGAAGCGAUGAGUCAGAAAAAAUAGUUCUAUUUUUGUACGAGAGGUAUUCGCCGUGAGCCGCCGAUUGGAGGGGAUAGACGAAACGAUGCCAGCGCGCGGGGUGGCGAGUAAUGAGUUUAGCGGGCGUGUGUUUUGAUUACAUUUCAUAUGCAUUUCAGUAGGCAGUAUGUGGAAUUAUACAUGUUGUGUUGUGAAUUCUAAGAAUAAUGGUAAAACGAAGGAUUGCAAAUUUUAUAAAUUUCAUAAAGCAUCACAUAAAAUACUACAAAGAAAUAAGUGGAUAGCUGCUGUAAAGAGGAAAAACAUAACUUCGAUUUCAAGCGUCUUUGUAACUCUGAACAUUUAUUUAAAAACAAAAAUUAAAAAUGUACCAGUUUGUCAAAAAUUGGUUUUCUAAAUUGCCAAGUUUUUUAGUAAAUCGGCUACUAAAUUUUAAAUUGAAAAUUUUACAUCAAAAUUUUAUUAUUUUACUUAAAAAUGAAACAUUUUCAAAGUCAAAACAAUUAAAAUAGCGAAGUGGAAAGUUCUCAUCUCUUUGGCAUUUUGAUGAAUCAAGGCUUUCUAUUUAAAAAUAUCCAGUUUGAAACAUUUGAGUUAUAUUUGCUCGUUUUA